CUUCCCUGCACAGCUCCAUGUUCCAGCGUCUGAUCCGCAAGAUAUCCCGAUCAGACCAACCAAGUGGAACACGACGACGGCACGAGCAUACAAGAACAACAGCAACAGCAGCAUCUCAUUCCAUCGGUUCAAGUUGAUCGUCAAGUCAACGGAGUCAGGCUCUCAGGCACACUUAUUGGAUCUCAUCUAGUCCUAGUCAUCAAUGGCAUCUCAAGCAAAGCAUGCAGAAAGCUUCUUGAACUUCGUCAAUGCUUCUCCAACCCCUUUCCAUGCCGUUAAAUCAGCACGAGAGCUCCUGGAGAAGGCCGGCUUCAAGCCCAUCCAGGAACGGGAUCCUUGGGCUUCGAAGCUGAAGCCAGGGGGCAAAUACUACCUCACCCGCAACUCCUCUUCUAUAGUCGCCUUCGCCAUCGGCAAGAAAUGGAAACCGGGCAACCCCGUUGGAAUGGUCGGAGCCCACACCGAUUCUCCAUGCCUGAGAAUCAAGCCUGUCUCCACAAAACAAGCGGAAGGCUUUAUUCAAGUUGGUGUUGAGACGUACGGUGGAGGUAUCUGGCACACAUGGUUCGACCGGGACUUAAGUGUCGCGGGAAGGGUGAUGGUGAAAGACAACAAGGGUGGCAUAGUCCAGAAGCUGGUAAAGAUUGAUCGACCCAUAUUGCGGAUUCCGACGCUUGCCAUACAUCUGGACCGACAGGAAACCUUCUCCUUCAACAAGGAGACGCAACUGCUCCCUAUCGCAGGGCUCAUUGCUGCGGAAUUGAAUAGAAAGGGCAAAUCCAGUGAAGACGAAGCUGCCGAGCAAUUGAAGAAAACGUCUGUGUCGGAUGCACCGUUUGAGCCGUUGCAGACGGUCACCAACCGACAUAACCCACGCAUCGUCGAACUCAUUGCAGAAGAGGCCGCCGUAGAUCCCUCCGCCAUCCUCGACUUCGAGCUGGUCCUCUAUGACACCCAAAAAUCCUGUCUCGGCGGCCUCAACAACGAGCUCAUCUUCUCCGCGCGCCUCGACAAUCUCGUGAUGUCUUACUGCGCAGUCGAAGGCCUCAUCACAUCGCUCUCGAAACCCGACACCCUCGACUCCGACCCGAGCAUCCGCCUUAUCGCCCUCUUCGACCACGAGGAAAUCGGCAGCCGGACCGCGCAAGGCGCCGACUCUAAUCUCCUCCCUGCCGUCCUCCGCCGCCUCUCUGCGCUCCCACACGACGCGUUCGCCGGCUCCAACGAUGACAGCGACCGCAGCUAUGACAAGGUCGACGAUGAGUCCACCACGUUCGAGCAGACACUGGCGACGUCCUUCCUCGUCUCGGCCGACAUGGCUCACUCCGUCCACCCCAACUACCCGCAGAAAUACGAGUCCUCGCACCGCCCGGAGAUGAACAAGGGCCCGGUGAUCAAGAUCAACGCGAACGCGCGGUAUGCGACCAACUCGCCGGGGAUCGUCCUCUUGCAAGAAGUCGCGCAGCGGGCCAAGACGCCGUUGCAGCUAUUCGUGGUGCGGAAUGACAGCUCGUGCGGAAGCACGAUCGGGCCGAUGCUCAGUGCGAAGAUGGGGGCGAGGACCUUGGAUUUGGGGAACCCGCAGUUGUCGAUGCAUAGCAUUCGGGAGUGUGGUGGUGCGGAUGAUGUGGGACAUGCUAUUCGGUUGUUCGAGGGCUUCUUUGAACAUUAUGGCGAGUUGGAAGCGAAGGUGCUGGUGGACUCGGUGCUUUGAGAUGUUUGGACUCCGGAGAUGAUCAUGAUUUGACCAGAUGGAGAAUAUCGCAUAUAAGAUAAGUACAUAAUUAAGGCAUAUAUACCGAUAAGGAGUUGCCGAGAUCAUACAGUAUCUUCAAUUCCUUUGUUUGCCCUCAGUGGAGUCCGAUACUCGCUUUAGUUUCUCAUUUUGUUCGACUGGAGUUACGGUAUUUGACCAGCAUGUCAUGCCCUGUGGGCCUGCGCAGCAC